AUGGGCGAACCGCAGGAACAGCAGGGAACAAAGGCGAUGAUGGUGAUGGGCAGCACCUACCACUCCUACACGGCGGGAGAGAAGAGGGCCUUCUGCAUUCGCACCAACCAGCUGCUUGCGGGCGACCCCGAUCUCCAGGACAUGCUCCCCAUGGACCCCGACUCCAAAGAUCUCUUCGACGUCGUCUCCAAGGGCAUCCUUCUCUGUAAGUUGAUUGAAAAGGUGGCGCCCGGCACCAUGGACAAGAGGAAAACCAACCUGCGGGCAAAGGACAUCUUCAACGUCAUGAUCAACCACAACGCCGCCAUUGAAGCCGCCAAGGAAGCCGGCUGCAACAUUGUCAACAUCGGUCCUCAGGACUUCGUAGACAAACAAGAGCACUUGAUCCUCGCCUUCAUCUGGCAGCUCCUCAAGCUGGAGCUGCUGCGGGGCGUCAACGAGGUGCAGAUGGCCGAGUACUUCAUCGAGGCCGAGAUGACCAAGGCCGACGUGGCGUCGGUCGAAGGCGCCCAUAUCGAAGCCACGGCCACGGCCACUGCCUCCAGCGCCAAGAAGUCCCCCGAAAUGGCCCUCCUGAGAUGGUUCAACGCCCUGCUCCACCGGGUCGAGCCCAAGGUGCCCGAGGUCCGCAACUUUGGCGAAGACAUCAAGGGCUCGGAGGCGUACAUUGUGCUGAUGAACCAGAUCUCGCCCGACAUGUGCAGCCUCGACGGCCUUAACAUCCCCGAUCUUGAUCAACGCGCCGAGUUUGUGGUGGCCAACGCAUUCAAGCUGGGCUGCAACCCGUUCGUGACCCCCUACGACAUCGUGCAGGGCAACCGUAAGCUGAACCUGGCCUUCACCGCAACGCUCUUCCACAAGUACGCCGAGUGCGCCGAGAAGCGCAGGCACGACGAUUUGGUCAUCCAGGCCCGAGAGGAGGCGCUGCGCAAGAAGCAGGAGGAGCUGGAGGCGAUCCAGCGUGAGGAGGAGGAGCGAAGGCGGCGCGAGGAGGAGGAGCUCGCCCGGAUCGAGCAGGAGCGGCUGGAGGAGGAAGAGCGCGUACGGCGCGAGGAGGAGGAGCGCGAGGCUGCCGAGCGCGCUGCCGUCGCCGCCGCCCAGGCCGCCGAAGAGGCCGAGCGUGCGCGGCUCGACGCCGAGGCCCAGUCCCUGCGCGACGAAGAGGCCCGGCUGCAGAGGGAAGCUGAGGCCGAGGAGACCCGGCUGCGGGCCGAGGCCGAGGCCGAGGCGCGGGCCAAGCUGGACGAGGAGGCGCGGGUGAGGGCCGAAGCGGAGGCGGAGGAGGCGCGGAUGCAGGAGGAGGCCCAGAGCGCGCAGAGGCAGGAGGAGGAGGCGGCCCGGUGCAAGGAGGAGAGGCGGAGGGAGGAGGCGGCCCGGCUGGAGCGGAUCGCGGAGGAGGAGCGCGAGCGGUUCAGGAAGCUGCGGCACGAGGAGGAGCGCGAGCGGAUGCGGAAGAUCGAGGAGGCCCAGCGCAAGGAGGACCAGGAGGCCGAGUACCGCGAGGAGGCCCAGCGCAAGCGCAAGGAGGUCGAGGACAAGAAGAGGCAGCAGAUCGAGCAGCGCGAGACGGAGCGCUCCGAGUGCCCGGUGGUGCUGUUCGUCACCGACGCCCCGGAGGAGUUUGCGGCGGCCGAGGCGCAUCUCACCUCGCAGGGCCGCAACGCCAUGUUCUGUACCAUGGAGGACGUGCUCGAGCUGAUCGAGCGGACGCAGUCCGACCACAUCGUGCUCACGGGCCUCUUCAACACUAACGAGGAGGACCACGACGCCGAGCUGGAUGUGGCGUCGUCGAUCGUGGAGAAGUACGGCGAGAAGAAGAAGGUGAUCUGCUUCAACAGCAUCAUCCAGAAGAAGCCCAUCCUGCAGAAGCGCUGCGAGGCCUUUGGCCUGAGCCCUGUCAAGAGGGGCAACACGCUGUGGAAGCUUCUGGGCAUCAAGGACGCUCCGCUGCAGGGCGCCAAGCCCAAAACAACAACCAAGGCAUAG